UCUUAGACGUCAAUGACAUCGCGCCUGCCGUCAACAACAGGUGUCCCCAAAAAGACGGAACAAGAGUCCAGCAAGGUCUCCACGAUCUCCAAAACAAACAUUCCGAGAAGCUGUCCAAGCAAGCGCCCUCUUCCGAAAUGCCAAAGAAGUCAGCGGGUCCGGUUUACUAAACGAGGGGGCCCGCUCUCAAGUUUCCUGGACUUGAAGGCCCCAGGUAAAUUUAGUCAGUUGCACUUGCAGUUCUGCUGGUCAGAUUCAUUGAGGCCACUACAGAGUGAGGAUCACUGGACAGGACUCGGGGGGGACACAUUUGUGGACACGUACUAUGGAAUCAUGACAUCGGCAGAGGAGUGCGAAGAGGUGGAAGAGGCAGUCGAUGAUGCUACUGACAGAACAUGGAGCUGGACCCGUCAGACCAUGAACUACGUGGGCCAGUUGGCGGGUCAGGUCUUCGUGCAGGUCAAGGAGCUGUACCGAGGCCUGAACCCGGCCACGCUGUCGGGCUGCAUCGACGUCAUCGUGGUGCGGCGCCCCGACGGCUCGCUGCACUGCUCGCCCUUCCACGUCCGCUUCGGCAAGAUGGGCGUCCUGCGUUCAAGAGAGAAAGUGGUGGACAUGGAGAUUAACGGAGAGCCAGUGGAUCUACAUAUGAAGCUCGGAGACAACGGAGAGGCCUUCUUUGUCCAGGAAAUGGAAAAUAAUCAGGAAGUGGUUCCUGCCUACCUGGCCACCUCCCCCAUCCCGUCAGACGGGCUGGUUCUGAUGAGCUCCUCGCUGAUGGGGAAGAGCCCGGGGACUCCCGUGCAGACCUUGGGCUCCGUGGGGAGCAGCGGAGAGACCGGCACGGCGGCCACCAUGAUGAUGAAGAAGCGAAGGAAGAGGAGGAGGAAAGCUCGGACGGACAGCCUGAAGAAGGAGGAGAGUGGCGACGACUACUCAGAGGACGAGGACAUGUUCACCAUGGACAUCAGCUCUGAUGAGGAAAUGGAGAGCAACAGGCCUCCUCCCCGAGAAGCGGCAGGGGCUCUUUCAAAACAAGCAACCGUCUACGCUCACUCGGACGGCGACUGGAGCCCCCUCCAGAGCCCCGGGAACUCCCGUCCCGCAUCCCCCAAAAGCGACUCUGAGAUCAUGAGGAAGCCGUCCGAGGCGGGCAAUCAGGAUUCGGCCAUGCAUUGGGCGUGGGGGGAGCUGCCGCAGGCCGCCACCCCGUCCUUCCUCCCGACGAAACCCGAGCCGCCGCCGAUCGCUCCCGUGCCCAUCCCGCUAUCGGAGAGCGCUCACUUCUGUGCGAUACGAACCGUCGGCACGUCGACGGACUCGCCCUCGGCAGAGGACGCGACGGGCCAGCCGGCGGGGAAGAAUGACUCCCCAUCCAAGAAAAAAGACAGACGGAGCCGUCACCUGGGCGCCGAUGGAGUUUACCUGGAUGACCUCACGCAGCUGGAGCCGGAAGUGGCCGCCUUGUAUUUCCCAAAGAGCGACGGCGGGGCGGCGCCGAGGAGCGGCGAGGAGCCGGGUGUUCGCAGCCACUCCCCGCAGUCGCUGAGCUCCGGGGGCGACAGCGGCGUGGACGGAUACGGCGACCCGAUGGGCGACCUGCCCUCCUUCGCCAUCUCGCUGUGCGGCGGCCUCAACGAGGAGAUCGGAUCAGAACAGUUCCACGCCAAGAUCAUCUCGUACCAGCAGUUUGUUCAGAACCCGUCCGUCAUCGACGACCCCAACCUGGUGGUGAAAAUCGGCUCCAAAUACUAUAAUUGGAGCAGCGCUGCUCCCAUCAUGCUGGCGAUGCAGGCCUUCCACAAGCCGCUGCCAAAGGCUGCCGUGGAAAACAUCAUGAAGGAGAAAAUGCCCAAGAAAGGAGGGAGGUGGUGGUUCUCCUGGAGAGGCCGCAACAGCAAAUCGGACUCCAUCUCGGAACGGGGCGCCAGCGGCUCAGAUCAACUCGGGCCGUCGGCCGCGGGCCGGCAUAAAGAGGAGUCAUCGUCCAGCGACGAAGACCACCGGGUGGCCAGGCAGAGCCCGGCCGCCGUCCAGUCGGAGGCCGGGACGGUCGCGGGAACCGUGUCGUACAAGAAGACGCUCAGACUCACCUCGGAGCAGCUGAUGUCGCUGCAGCUGCGUGACGGGGCCAACGAGGCGGUGUUCAGCGUCACCACUCAAUACCAGGGCACGUGUCGCUGCCAGGGAACCAUCUACCUCUGGAACUGGGAUGACAAGAUCAUCAUUUCCGACAUAGACGGGACCAUCACAAGGUCGGACACGCUGGGCCACAUCCUGCCCACCUUGGGGAAGGACUGGACUCACCAGGGCAUCGCGCAGCUCUACCAUAAAGUCAGCCAGAACGGCUACAAGAUCCUGUACUGCUCGGCCCGAGCUAUCGGCAUGGCCGACAUGACGCGGGGCUACCUGCACUGGGUCAACGAGAGGGGCACCAUGCUGCCCGUGGGGCCCGUCUUGCUCAGCCCCAGCAGCCUCUUCUCAGCUCUGCACAGGGAAGUGAUCGAGAAGAAGCCGGAGAAGUUCAAGGUGGAAUGUCUGACCGAUAUCAGGAACCUCUUUUACCCCAACACGCAACCUUUCUACGCAGCCUUCGGCAACCGGCCGACGGAUGUGUUUUCCUACAAAGAAGUCGGGGUUCCGCUGAAGCGGAUUUUCACGGUGAACCCCAAAGGGGAGCUGGUGCAGGAACACGCCAAGACCAACAUCUCGUCGUACGUCCGUCUGGGGGAGGUGGUGGACCACGUGUUCCCCCUCAAGGCCCGAGCCUCGUCCUCGGACUUCCCCUGCUCGGACACCUACAGCCACUUCACCUACUGGAGGGAGCAGCUCCCCCAGGUGGCUCGCCAGGGAACCACACCCCCUCAGACGCCCGUCCCCGCCCCGGCAGCCGACUCCUUUUAGCAGCGUGAUGCAUUCAAAUGCACUUUGUGACUGAAUCAUUUAUUCAGGGCAGCUUAUUGAUUUGGAGGGAGCCUUUAUAUUUUUAGUAGAGGAGCUCAACUCGGUGCCAAAUAUAUACCUUUAUUUUCUUACACGCGUGACGAGUUAGUCCAUCCAAAUGCAUUUUACUGCACAAAUUUCCUUUUGUUAAUUUGGUUUUGAUGCAUUUCUUUGUCCCCUGAUGCGUAAAAAAUAAUCAUCUGUCUAUAACUGCAAUCAAAAGUCACGUGGAAAAAAAGUUAGAAAGGGAAUUUGACAGUAUUUCUUGCGUCGCGGCAAACCAAAUGUUACUUUGACGAUCGUGAUGUAUCGCUUUUGAUGGUGCUUGGAAACGCGUCCUAUUCUUUCUAUGAAAGAGCUGGAAUUUUAUCCUCUGUGUAGACCACAUUCACUGUUAAGGUCAAAUAAAUGCUCUUGUAGAAUU